UCAGUCUGGCUCUAACGUCGAUCGAGAGACGAUCAAUGUGUCCAAAUCGCUGGCUGGUUGUUUGUGUGGCGGUGGUGCACCUUGCCGGUCGGGCGGUGCGAGGUGAUGGCGAUUUUUACACAGCUGGAGUGGCGGAGUUUCGACCGGCGGUGGUUGGUGGAAGUUCCGAGCAGCUGCUCGAGGAGAAUCUCUCCGCGUAUCUGGAGCUGAUUGCCGCUGCUAAUGGGACCAGCGACAUACUGGUCUUUCCCGAGGCCACCCUCAACAGUGUGCUCAAGCUGACGGCGGUGCCAGAGCAAACGGAGAAUAGUCUGUGCGAGAAACAGGACGGGGAUGAUCCCCAGGUGGCGGAGUUCCUGCGCCGACUGGCCUGUGCGGCACGCAGUGCACGCACCUAUUUGGUGGUCAAUGUCAAGGAACGGUCAGAGGAGGAUCCCGUCCCGAGUAGGGGCUACAACAUCUACAACACCAAUGUGGUGUUCGACCGGAACGGGGCGGUGGUGUCGCGGUAUCGCAAGUGGAACCUCUACCUGGAGCCGCUUACCAAUCGCACCAAGUCCGCAGAGUUGGCCAUCUUCCGGACGGACUUUGGCGUGACCUUCGGGCACUUUAUCUGCUUCGACAUGCUGUUCUAUAGCCCGGCCCAGGAGCUGGUCGAGCGCUUGAGCAUACGCCAUCUGAUUGUCACCAAAAUGUUCAACUCGGAGCUGCCCUUCCUUACGGCCACCCAACUCCAGCAGGGCUGGGCUUGGGCCAACAAUGUGACUCUGCUGGCGGCCGGUGCCAGCAUUCCACUGUCAGGGAUCAGUGGCAGUGGCAUUUAUGCCGGCCAACACGGGGCCCUCACCAGGAUCAUGGUGGUGAAUCAGACGGAGGGUCAGCGACAACUGCUUCUGGCCCAAGUGCCAACCGGUAGAUCGCCAUGGAUGCCCACAAAUACGACCAUUCGGAAUGAAGGAGAUGGUGCGGCAGUGGUGAAGCUGAAGCUACUCCAGCAGCCGGACAUUGGCAACUUCUCCACUUGGGCCCUGCCGUUGGUCAAUGGGAGUUCGGCGAGCAAGCGGCUCUGCCAGGCGGAUCUCUGCUGCGAUUUCCAGCUCAGCUGGAGCCUGCUCGGAGCUCAGUCCGAGUACCACUAUCGUCUGGGCGUGUCCGUGGCAGAGCGUCGCUACGAGGAGGAGCAGUACAGCUCUAUUCGAGUGUGCGGCCUCUUCGCCUGCCGCGAUGGCAGCCCCGAGAGCUGCGGCCUGCUCAGCAAUCAGACGGUGGGCGGCGGCGGGGGCGUGGAGUUCACUUCGCUGUGGAUCAGCGGGGAGUUUGUCAAGCGGCAGCGCCGCCUGCUGAUGCCGAACACUCUUGCCUCCUCACUGUACGCGCUGCAGCCCUCGGAGGUGGCCUGGACCUUGCAGGAGGUCCCUGGCAAUGACACACACACCCACACGGAGAUGGAGCUGCGCCAGCCGCAUCGCCACCUGCUGACUUUUGCCCUUUACGGGAACUAUUUUGAUGAGUUCGCCUCCAAUGGAGGGGCGCGCACUGAAGCAGCUGUUUGGCGUGGAAUUCUCAUGAUGUGGCUCCUGACGUUGGUGAUUCAUAUUCUGUGGAAAUAAUGCCUAUCUUUUGUGCCUCUCUCUACUCGUAUUUCACCCUUUUUCAGGCAAAGAACAAUUUCACAAGCGAAAAUUAUUGGUUUAGGAUUUACAUUAUUCCCUAAAGAACUCACAAAAUGCAACAAAUUUAGUUAAUUAAAGUCAUACCACACGCUA